CUGCUCACAAAAUGUCAUGAAAUUAUCAAAUACCAAAACUCCCAAACGCGGUAGUGUGCUUCGCGACAGUGUCGCAAAUCGUGCUGUACUCUUUGGUAGCUAGGUACUCCAUGGAAACGAGCUCGCGGCCGGAGUUUUGUUUACACUCUUGGGGAGCCAACAGCUACGGGCAGCUGGGACAGGGACAUGUGGAGGACCAGUCAGAUCCCCGGCUCUCUGACACCGCUGCUCUACACAACAAGGCAGUCCGGGCUGUCAGCGGCGGCGGGGUUCACUCCGUGGUUAUCACCGAGAAUGGAGAGGUUUUUGUGUGCGGACAGAAUCACAGAGGCCAGCUGGGACUUGGCCACAAUGCAGACAUCUCAUCUCUUCAACUCUGCCCCGGCCUAAGUCAAAGGGUCACAAAAGUAGCCUGUGGUUGGGAUUUUACUCUUCUUCUCACUGAUUGUGGUCGAGUACUGGCAUGUGGCUCCAAUGCAUUUGGACAACUUGGUGUUAGACAGACAGUCACACACUCUGCAGAUCCACUGGUUGUUGAGAGUCUGAAGGAGCCAGUGGUGAGUGUUGCAGCAGGACUCAGACAUUCACUAGCUGUUACUGACUCAGGCUGUGUUUAUCAGUGGGGAAGAGGUCUUUUCAGCCACGCUAAGAGGGCACUCAGCCCACGCCCUGUGCCAUCACACCUCAGUUCUACGGUGCCCUCUCUGGUACCAGGUCUGGAUCAGAAGACCUCACACAUGGUAACUGCAGGUUUAGCGCACUGUGUGUGCCUUACAGGAGAUGGUGAUUUGUUUCUGUGGGGUAGCAACAAGCACGGCCAGCUGACCACCCCAGAGCCCUUCCUGUCCUCUCCCACUCUUAUGAAGCGCUCACUGCUGGGUGGAGAGAAAGUUAUCCAUAUUUGGAGUGGCUGGACACACAUAGUUGCUCAAACAGAGACUGGGAGAGUGUUCACAUGGGGCAGAAGAGAUUAUGGACAGCUGGGACGACAAGCAUCAACCAGUCAGAACCCAGAGCGGCAGUCAGCUGCUCCUUCAGCAGAUGGUGGAAACCAGGAGGCUUGCCUCCCUGGAGAGGUUAAAGUCCUCCGUGGAGCGACACAGAUUGCCUGUGGAUCUGAACAUAACCUUGCCAUUGUAGAAACAGGUCAACACAGACUUGAGACAGAUUCAUAUUCUCCAUGCAUUGAGUGCAUCAGGAGUAGAACAGCAUGCACCGGGUGGUACUGGAAUGGUUUGGAGUAUAACACUAUAAAAGACUGGAAAAGGUGUCUUGAUUCAGAGGUGUCAUUGUAAAAGGGACAAUCAAUGCGAGCUUGCCAUUCUUGCUUCUCUUCCCCGUGCUGUAUCUCAAGGUCAUGUCAUUUUCACGGGUAUGCUACAUGCAGAAUUGCAAAGAAUGAGGAGCAGCAGCAGCAGACGGGUCAUUAGUGUCAGCCCCCAUGACUAAAUUUAGCUGGGGCUCUUCCCUUAAGCACCAUCACUACAGGUUUUCCCUAUGCAAGGUCAUACUGUCCAGAUGAUCAACCCUUGGGAAUUGUAGUGAGCUGAGAGGCUUGUUGAACUGAGGACAGAGUUUUAUGAGAAACCUAUAUUUCCCGUAAUGGCACAAGUUUACUUUAGCCUUUGUUAUGUAUUGAUUAGACAAUCACAUUUCAUCACAUUCAGGCUCUGAUAUUUCUGAUGCACACAACAUGGGUGUAACAGAUACAGUAUUCUCUCCUGGGUAUCGAUUGCAAACCUGUCCUCAUUUUAUCCUGCUCAAAUCAUACUGUACUGGCUAACAGUGUGUUACUUCAAUGGGAAUCUGAAGUCAAUAGAUCAGAGUUGGUGGACAAAGAGGCAGACAGGAAGAGUGGAUAGCUACUUUAUGAUCCUGUGAAUCACAAAAGUUGGAUCAAUAGCAGUUUGUUCAUGCAUGGAAAUGUCUAUUAAGCAGCUGGGAGGAGCAGUGAAUGGCAUCAGGGAGGAGGUUAGUUGGAGCAGGGCAUGUCUGGGCAGGAGGACUCUCACGUAUAUUCCACUGAGCAAAGGAUACACAGCCUCUUAGUCAGUCCAUUCACAGUGUGUCACUAAGGCAGGCAUGCAGCACGAGAUGGAAAACAGGCCCUUAUCAUAUCAUUUCAUCACUGGCAAUUCAUCGCAUUGUGCUAAGGAAAUCGCUGCUGCUUAUGAAUGUCUGCUUCCUAUUCAUGUUAGUAUGAUGGUUCUGGUGUUACAGCACACUGACUUCUGUUCGGUCAGCAGGGCUGUCUUCUUUGUUCAGUGAGAAAACAUCACUGUUCACCAUAUGCAUCUUAAAACUCACACAUCAGGUUUACACACUUAUAUAGCAUGUGAAUGUGGGUUUUUAAAUUCUCUUUAAAUUCAGUACAAAAUGUCCAUCUUUUAAACAUACAAAUAGAGUGUGGACAAAAGGAGCACUUGACAUUUUAAUGCAAUUAAAAAUACAAAAUUACUAAAAAAUGUAGCUUUGUCAGGCUACUACUGGUCAGCUGUUGUUGGUACAGUGUAAGAGAGAUUUUGUGUCAAGUUUUGAGGCAUUAGGACAGUGUUUGUGUUGUUGUACUGGAUUGCAUAAUAUUGUUUUGUCCACCCCCUCCACAGUAUGUACUGCACAAAAUAGCAAGAACUCCCUAGAAUAUAAUACAAUCCAAUUCAACCAUGACCUCAAAAAAUAACAAAUUGGAAUCCACAGCUGGAGUACCAACUGGGCAAAGCGGACAACUGCCCCGGGGGCCCCGGAUCGUCAGGGGUCCCAGAAGCCACAGAUUUAUUGUUAGCUUGUUUGUGCUAAUUUAAUUAAUUGCAGAUUUGUUUGGGAGUUUCUUGUCUACAUGAAUCUAAAUUUACAUAGUGAAUGUUCCUGAAUAAAUUUAACAAGGUGAGUUAAUCUGGUCCUGUCAGCACGUCACCGAUGCAGUAUGAACAGAUAUUUUAUAUAUUAGGUUUAUUGACAGUAGAGCUAAAACGAUUAGUCAAUAGAUUAGUGGAACAGAAAAUUAAUUGGCAACAAUUGAUAAUCUAACAAUUGUUUACAUUUUUUUUUUUCAAAAGUGCUCCCCAAAUUAACUCGCUCUAGCGUCUAAAAUGAGAAUGAUUGCUUGUUUUCUUAGUUUUCUAUGAUUGCAAACUGAAGCUUUUUGGGUUUUGGACUGUUGGACGGACAAAAUAAGAUGUUUGGCUUUAGAAAGUCGUGAUGGGGAUUUUUCACCAUUUUCUAGCCCAAAUGUAUUAUUCAGUUAUUCAAUCGAGAAAAUAAACGGCAGAUAUCUCGAUGAUAAAAAUAAUACUUAGUUGCAGCCCUAAUUAACAGGUGCUCUUGUUAUUUUGCACAUCAAUUAGCAAAAGAGUUGAAAAAUAAAUGUCACCAUCACUGCCAGCAUGCUUCAGUGUGUUAAAAGCCUCAUUCUUGUAAGCCACUUUCAUGUCGACCGCUGAUGCCUCCUGACACAGUGGCUCGCUGAGCCCUCUGAACAUCCCACCCUUCAAGCUGUUAAAUAAACGCUGCAUCUUAUCAGACCGCCUCUUGCAGUAAAUUAUGUGUCUUUGAGACAGUUAGGAACAGUGUGGCCUGGAGGGAGGGUGACAGGCAAAGAUUGUUUUCUCCUUAUUGGCUAAUUCUCACUGUUGCUGGCAAACCACAGGCCUACAGUGAAAUGCACUGACAGGGGUUUUUCACUGAUGUAUCCACUCUGAAAAGAGGCUGUAAUUAACUCUGAGGCUCAGUUCUAAUUAAUCUUCUUGCCAGUCUUGGUGGAGCUCUGUCACUCUCCACUCUCUGCUUUGUCUUGCUCACUGUUAAAAGUAGGACACAUCUGAGGAGUUUUCUGCUUUGGGAAAUGUCCUGCAUGCAGAAGGUGAAAUUUGAAAGAAGCGUGUGUGUGUGUGUGUGUGUUGGUUAAACCGCUUUCACUAAUGCUUGCUGUAAGAGUGAGAACAUGUCGAUACAGUUUACACUUGCUGGAUGGAGCCUGAUAACAAAUUACACCAAUCAGUCUGCUACAGCUGUAAAACCAGCGUGCAGCACAAAUCUGAAGGUGUAAAGUCAUUUCAUUGUCACCAUCUAGAGGCAUUGCACCCAGAUGGAAAAGUGCCCAUAACAAAGACCAAAAAUGUCACCUCUAACAGCAAACUAAAUUUUGUCUGGAGGUCUGCCACUAAUAGUCUGGUGGUGCCAAAGAUCUGGUUUCCUAAUGUGUAGCUGACCUAUUUAACCAAAGAGCCAGCCUACCCAGGGAUCCCUGUGUCCUGGAAAUAUCAAUCCAAAGACCUGUGAGAGUCACAAUGAGUUUCUUUAUCUUCUCCUGCGAGAUAGAGGAGGGUGGGAGCGAUGAUUUGCAUGUAAAUGAUUUUGACAGUCUCUUUGGUUAAUUCCCCCACCCAGCCCCCACCCUCCUUCUAUGUACAGUCACAUCUCUGCUGUGGAGACCCCUGAGAGGGCAAUUUCAAGGUCAUCAAAAGCCUCUCCCAGAUCCGCCAAUCUUUGUUUCACCAUUAAGGGACAGAGGCAAACACAUCCACAACCAAAGUCCUGUUCAUGCAGCUUUGACAGUUUCGAACCAGCAAUGAAACAUUUUUUUAGCUCAGAAUGUGCCUAUGAUAACUCCUAAUGAGGAUUCAGAUCUCCAGUUUACUAGAAGGA